GAAGAGGCGCUGUCAGCUGUGAGGUACCGACCACCACCAGUCCACAACAAACAGCACAGGAAACCAGGAAGGAAACCAAGGAGGAGAGAGACUGAAGCUCCGCUUUAACAUUUCCAGAGGUUCCCGUUUGGUUCUAAGGGGUGCAGAGCGCUCCCAUCCUUCAGCAACAUGGGGGAACUCUUCAGAAGUGAGGAGAUGACGCUGGCUCAGCUCUUCCUCCAGUCAGAGGCCGCCUACUGUUGUGUCAGCGAGCUGGGCGAGAUCGGGAUGGUGCAGUUCCGUGACCUAAAUCCUGAUGUGAAUGUGUUCCAACGGAAGUUUGUCAAUGAAGUACGACGAUGUGAGGAGAUGGAUCGCAAACUGAGAUUCGUGGAGAAAGAAAUAAAGAAGGCCAACAUCCCGAUGGUUGACACAGGAGAGAACCCGGAAGUCCCUGUCCCAAGAGACAUGAUCGACCUGGAGGCCACGUUUGAGAAGCUCGAGAAUGAGCUGAAGGAAAUCAACACCAACCAAGAAGCCCUGAAGAAGAACUUCCUGGAGCUGACCGAGCUCAAGCACAUCCUGCGUCGCACGCAGCAGUUUUUUGACGAGAUGGAGGAUCCCAGUUUACUGGACGAUUCCAACACCCUCUUGGACCCCAAUGAGCCCCACCGAAUAGCUCCGCUCAGACUGGGAUUUGUGGCUGGAGUCAUUGGCAGGGAACGCAUUCCCACCUUCGAGAGGAUGCUGUGGAGGGUUUGCCGAGGAAACGUGUUCCUGAGGCAGGCGGACAUUGAAGAUCCUCUGGAGGACCCAACUACGAGCGACCAGGUCCACAAGUCGGUCUUCAUCAUCUUCUUCCAGGGAGACCAGCUCAAGAAUCGGGUCAAGAAGAUCUGCGAGGGGUUCAGAGCAACCUUGUACCCGUGUCCAGAAACAUCCCAGGAGAGGAGAGAGAUGCUGGCAGGGGUGAACGCACGCAUUGAUGACCUGCAAAUGGUGCUGAACCAGACCGAGGAUCACAGGCAGCGGGUCCUGCAAGCUGCGGCUAAGACGGUCCGAGUGUGGUUCAUCAAGGUGAGGAAGAUGAAGGCCGUCUACCACACCCUCAACCUCUGCAACAUCGACGUCACUCAGAAGUGUCUGAUCGCUGAGGUGUGGUGUCCCGUCUCUGACAUGGACUCCAUCCAGUUUGCUCUGCGCAGGGGGACGGAGAAGAGCGGCUCCACCGUGCCUUCCAUCCUCAAUAGGAUGCAGUCUAAGCAGACCCCACCUACCUUUAACAAGACGAACAAGUUCACCUCCGGCUUCCAAAACAUUGUGGACGCCUAUGGAAUCGGCAACUACCGUGAGAUUAACCCAGCGCCAUACACCAUCAUCACCUUCCCCUUCCUGUUCGCGGUCAUGUUCGGUGACCUGGGCCACGGGGUGCUCAUGACUUGUGCCGCCCUGUACCUUGUGCUGAGGGAGAACCGGCUGACGGCCCAGAAGAACGACAACGAGAUGUUCAGCAUGGUGUUCGCGGGCCGCUACAUCAUCCUGCUGAUGGGAGUCUUCUCCGUCUACACCGGGAUCAUCUACAACGACUGCUUCUCCAAGUCCCUCAACGUGUUCGGCUCCGGCUGGAGCGUCAGGCCCAUGUUCGACGCUCGGCUGGGGGCCAACUGGACGUUCGAAACGCUGCAAGGCAAUAAAGUUUUGCAGUUGGACCCGACAAUAGACGGAGUGUUCAAAGGGCCGUACCCCAUCGGCAUCGAUCCGAUAUGGAACAUUGCCACCAACAAGCUGACAUUCCUGAACUCGUUCAAGAUGAAGAUGUCCGUCAUCCUGGGAGUCAUCCACAUGCUGUUUGGAGUCUCUCUCGGCCUCUUCAACCACCUGUAUUUCAAGAAGCCGCUGAAUAUCUACCUGGGAUUCAUCCCAGAGAUCGUCUUCAUGGCCAGUCUGUUCGGCUACCUCGUCAGUCUGAUCUUCUACAAGUGGCUCUCGUACGACGCGAGCAUAUCCAAGGACGCUCCCAGUCUCCUCAUCGCCUUCAUUAACAUGUUCCUCUUCAACUACAACGACCCCAGCAACAAACCUCUCUACAGAGGACAGAUGGCCAUACAAUCGCUCUUGGUGGUAAUCGCCCUGGCGUGCGUUCCCUGUAUGUUAAUAGUGAAAACUCUGGUUCUGCGGAGACAGCAUUUGUGGCGGAAAAACCUGGGCACAGACAGCUUUGGAGGGAUCAGGGUGGGCAACGGGCCCACCGAGGACGAGGCUGAAAUCAUCCAGCAUGACCAGCUCUCCCAGCACUCUGAGGAGGAGCCUGAGCGUUGCCUUUUGUCACCUGCUGUCAAGGCCGGCGAGGAGGAAGAGUUUAACUUUGGGGACGUGGCAGUCAUUCAGGCCAUCCACACCAUAGAGUACUGCCUGGGCUGCAUCUCCAACACGGCCUCCUAUCUGAGGCUUUGGGCCCUCAGCCUGGCUCACGCACAGUUGUCAGAAGUACUGUGGACCAUGGUGAUGCACAUCGGCUUUUCUACCGGCGGCUUCGGAGGUUUCUUCGUUCUGGCCAUCGUCUUUUUCUUCUUUGCCAUUCUCACAGUUGCCAUUCUUCUCAUAAUGGAGGGCUUGUCAGCCUUCCUGCAUGCACUGCGACUGCACUGGGUGGAGUUCCAAAACAAGUUUUACGUUGGCCAGGGCUUCAAGUUCCUCCCCUUCACCUUCGAAAGCAUCCUGGACGGGAGGUUCGAGGAAUAAGAUGGGACGACUCGUCUUCUUUAGUCGAUGUCGCUCAUCUCUUGAGAAUCUGCGUGAAGUUGAAUAGUGAUUUUUUUUCUUUUUUUUUUCUUUUUUUUUUUUUGGGUGUGUGUGUGUGUGUGUGUGAGAUGCAGUUUCCAUGAGUUACACGCCACAAGCUCAUCCGUCAGACUGCCACAUGUUUCCUAUCUACUCACAAAUUCAUUCAUUCACUCCUCAGAAAAAAUAGCAUUAUCUGUAAUCCGUUAUGUGUCUUGUCUUAGUGAAGUCAUUUUGUUUUAGUUUACUAUUAUUUAUGCACAUCUUUCCUUUAUAAAAUCUGCAUUCUUUGUUCCCUCUUGGUGGCAGUGCUGCAGUACCAUCACAAACGAGGUGUUUUGUGCAAGUGUCUUGACUAUGUUGUUUGGCGCUUAUUCAGAGUAAAGUGACAGAAGUGUCACUUUACGGUUUACAACUUUCCUGUCUGUCCUCUCCACGUUGUUGUCUCUCUCUUUCUCUCUGCAUUGUUCUGCACAAAGCAUUGACACCUCUACCACACUGCGCACUGACCUCACACCCAGAGCUAUAGAGGUCCAAAGGGAAUACAAUUACACUUAAAUCAGGAUGUCAGUCAGUGCUUUAAAGGUGCAGACGCACCGAUGUUUAAUCCUGCGUAGCGCGCUAAUAACAUUGCCAUAAAUGUCCUUUGUGUUAAGUGAUGUGUUCUCUAUCAGUCUACACGGAGAGGAUGAAGGGGAUCCGUAGAUGGACGUUCUGUAGCAACAGUGUGCUGAUGUUCAUUUGUAUGUUAAAGUUUAAAAUGUUAUUGUUGCACUUAGAUGGGAGUAAGAACAGCAAACUGCUGACACUUUAAAAUAAUACUCAAUCCUGAGAAAUCAUUUUCCACCCACAUUUUAAUUGUGCAUCUCUGUGUCAAUAAAUUGGAAAGAGCUGGAUUAA